UAUAUACCAAGUAAUACCAAAUAUAAUUGCAAAUUAAGUGUCUAGUAUUAUAUAUUGUUGUCUUAGUAAAGUUGAUUAGGCGCUUUGUUCUUCAUGUCCAUGUAAAUAAUGUAAUAGGUUACUAGCUCAGGAAGUUAAUUAAAAACAUGGGUAAUUUUUGUUCCAUUAGUAAUUGGUGAUAUAUUUACAGUCCUGGUUUUACUAGUUUGAAUGUGUUCUUUUCAUUGGUAAUGGGUGAUUUUAGUAUCUAAUGCACAUGUACUGCACCCUCAUUUCUAGCUGUUAAUAUUAUUUUUAUUUUUUUGAAUAAUUCUAGCUGUUGAUUGAGGAAUCUUUAAAUUUUUUAAAGAUAGGAUAAGGAACCAUUAAUUAGUUAGAAUGUAUUUAUGCAAAAAAUAUACAUUAAAAUAAUUCUGUUAACAUCAUUAAGGUAGGUGUCAUAUAGUUAUUAGCCUAUUAAGUCUAAAGUCUUCUAUAUAUGAAAGUUAAUAAUGUGAUGCGCUGGGCUGGAUUUGGAGAGCUGAGAACUUUGAACUUAUGUGAGGGGUUGAUUUGAAGUUUGAAUGUCUGAUGAAAUUUCUAGAAUAUAAAUAAAAUUAAGUAUUGGACUUGCGGAUAUUUGAGAACAAUCAUUCCUGUUUCUUUCAUUAAACUCUUCGAAAGGAGCAACUGCCUAACAUGUCUCUCUACCUACACACACAAAUUGAUAAACAAAUAAGAAUGUAGGGCAUGCUUACUGCAUAAUUAUCCUUAAUUCUGGGAGGCUAAGGAUAGUUAGACUAACAUGCAUGACCUCGUUGUGCCUAUAAAAAGGUUACAUUUUUUGUGUGCAUAGUGUGCAAAAACAAAGAAAAAGACGUCCUCUAGAGUUUCAAAGAUGUCUGUCUUGACACUCGCAUUAUUCAUUUUUACAUCCCAGUUCAUGAAUCUCUGUCAUGGUGCUGGAAUUGCUACGUAUUGGGGGCAACACGGUGAUGAGGGCACCUUAGCUGCUGCCUGUUCCACUGGGAACUACAAGUAUAUUAACAUUGCUUUCCUAACUGUGUUUGGCAGCGGCCGAACCCCUCAGCUAAACUUAGCUGGCCACUGCAACCCAAGCAAUCCUGGAAGUUGCAGCUCGAUUGGGAAUGAUAUUGCAGCCUGUCAAAGGCAGGGGAUCAGAGUGCUCCUCUCUUUGGGUGGUGGUGUUGGUACUUACUCCCUUUCUUCGCCAGCUGAUGCACAACAGGUAGCAGACUACCUUUGGGACAACUUCCUAGGAGGAAACUCAGACUCACGCCCUUUUGGGAAUGCAGUGCUCGAUGGCAUAGACUUUGAUAUUGAACUUGGCUCGGGAGAGAACUAUGAUGCUCUAGCAAGGGCACUCAAUAGACGUAGCACUGCUCAAAGGAAGGUCUACUUAUCAGCUGCACCACAAUGCCCUUUCCCUGAUGCUCAUCUAAGUGACGCCAUAGAUACAGGUUUGUUUGACUAUGUUUGGGUGCAAUUCUACAACAAUGCACCUUGUCAAUAUGCUCACGGCGAUGCCAGCCAACUCAUAAGCUCCUGGAACACAUGGAGUACUGUGAAUGCUGGCCAAAUUUUCCUAGGAGUACCUGCUGCUCCAGGUGCUGCUAACAGUGGGUAUAUUCCACCUGAUAAUCUUAAAACUCAGGUUUUGCCAAACAUUAGGAAUUCUCCCAAGUAUGGAGGGGUAAUGCUGUGGUCUAGGUUCUUUGACAAUGGAUACAGUACCGCCAUCAAGGAUAGUGUGAAUGGCGGAUCUAGAAGCAGCAAAAGUGGAAGCGGACUUCACAUCUCAAUCGGCGGCAUCCCAAUUAUUGGCAACCCUUAAGUCCAUCUAUUUGCAGUCUCCAUGGACAUCAUCUAAAAAGUCCAAUUCAUUUGUCUUUAUGUAAUGAAGUUUAAAUUAUAUUUUGUUGUUUCGCCUAUUCUCAUGUAUCUAAGCUAAAGGCAUGUAGUGGCAUGGGGCAUGAGGCAUGGCUUAGCUUAGUUACAUGUAAAUUUAAUAUGCUUAUUAUUUUGCUUCAAUGAGUUUAAUAAAUGUAAUAUUAUCGAGUUGUCGUAUAAUGAAUUGUGAUAUGGGAUUAGUCCCUUUGGC